GGAACACUCAGAGCUCUAUAAAAGCCCUCGGCCCCUUGGCCUCUCACAUUCUGCUCCCCUGGGCAGCGCCUGACUUCGCUUGAGAGCUGGUUUUUCCCUACAGCCCCAACAUGAUUUACUCCUCUGGAAGAGAAUCCUACUUCAACCUGAACUCCACCUGGUACGAUCCCUCGGGAUCCUGGCUGGACACCCGGCGCACGCCCUUCCGCUACGGCUACGCCAACUGCUGCUCCUCGGGCUGUGACGGCGAAGGCGUGGAGGGCAUGAGGGGCCACGACUACCGGCACUACGGCUACCGGCAGCCCCGCUGCUCCGAGCGCUGCCACGGCUACUCCGGCUCCUCCUCCUCGUGCCACGGAGGGGGCUCCAGCUGCGUCAGGAGACCCACGUACAGCUACAGGGCAUCAGGGGGAUGCCAGGGCUACGGGAGGUCCGUGUGCUCCGAGAGGUGCCAUGGAUCCUCGGGCUCAUGCCAUGGGGGCAGCUCCAGCUGCGUCAGGAGGCCCACGUACACCUACGGGGGCUCGGGGGGAUGCCAGGGCUACGGGAGAUCCGUCUGCUCCGAGAGGUGCCACGGGUCAGGGGCCCAGGGUGGGAAGCCGUGCUGUGGGAAGCCCGUGCAGAGCAUCCCAGUGCAGACCUGUCCCCCUCCAGUGCAGGCCUGUCCCCCUCCAGUGCAGAUCUGUCCCUGUCCCCCUCCAGUGCAGACCUGUCCCCCUCCAGUGCAGAUCUGUGCCCCGCCGGUGCAGCAGGGCUGUGUGCCCGUGGCCAAGGGUAUCAUCCCCCACCAGCAGCAGAAGCAGAUCUGCAAAGUGCCAGCCCGGAAAAUCAAGUAAAGGAUGUGAGGAGUGAGGGGAAACAAAGGAAACUUGUCCCUCUUGCCCCGUGUCCCUGUCCUGCUUUGUCACCGAUCUCGGCUCUGUCCCCUCGCUUGUAACGCGCUCUGAAGGUGUGACCCACCGUCUCUGUGAAAUUUAAAACGCUCUUCACCUUAUUUCACAGAGGACGUGGAGGCAAUAAAAAACGCUGGCUCAAA